CAGCCAAUGACGGUGGGCUUCUUCUUAGGUUGACGCCCGCCAUUAGCUCGCACGGUAGUUUCGCCGUUUAGCAGCGGAUAGGUUCUGACUUCACGCCAAAUCGUUUUUUUUUUUAACUGGACUUAGCGAUUUAUCCACACACUCACAUUAAUCUUGUUUUGUACAUGUAAUCAAGUGUUUUAAGCACGUACAUAUAUACGUAGACAUUACUUUAUGCGGAAAUUUGCACGUCGACGUUGUCGCCAUUUUGAAUGUGGCAAACCGAAGCGGUUCGGACAACAAGAUGCCUCAUUCGUGUUCCGUCUUGUCUUGUGGCAAUCGCUUUACAGUUGAAUGCAGAGCUCGCGGGAUUACAUUUCACAGGUUUCCCAAAAAUGAAGUGAUGAGAAGAAAAUGGGAAAGAGCGGUGCGAAGGAAAGGUUUCACUGCCAGUUCUUCCAGCAUGCUGUGCAGUGAGCACUUCCGAGCGGAGGACUUUGACAGAACCGGUCAGACGGUCCGGCUAAGAGAAGGAACUGUUCCCAUCUCCCGUUUCAAAGUUCCUCCCAAAAAGGGUUCGCUUAAGCCUGCGGCUACCCGGAUGUCUCGGACCUCGACGAAGGCACGGGAGGCCCUGCCCCCGCCCGCGGUCCAGAGUGUGCCCGCAGUGGUGCCCCCAGUCGUUCCCACAGUUGUGCCCACAGUUGAUCACGCCUACGCUUCAACGCCCGAAGAGCUGAGGAUCAAACUCAGUGAAGCCCUGGCUAGGGUGGAGAGUCUGGAAAGGGAGAAGAGGAACGCCAAGGACCGGGAGAGGCGGGCAAGGAACACCGUCAGUUGUCUUCUGGAGGAUCUCGAGGUGAAGAAAAUCAUGAACGAGGAAUUGAAAGAGCGGCUCGACAUAUACGCAGACCUUCCUGUUCACCUGUUGUCCAAAAACAGCCACGAAUAUACCAAAGAGCAACGGGACUUUGCCUCAACUCUCCACUUUCAUGGUCCGAAGGCGUACGACUACCUGCGAGAGUGUCUGCAUAUUAAUCUCCCGCAUCCAAAUACAUUGCAAAGGUGGAUGAGCUCUGGGGAGGUCAAGCCUGUCCUCAACAUGACGACGCUGGACUCUCGAGGAGAAGAGGACGACCCAGCUAAAUAUUUAGGUGGGCUCGCGGCCGUCCAGGAGAACAUGGAUCUCUCCCAGGUAAACGAGCUUCCCUACGAAGACUUUGUCAAGAUUUUCGGCAACGUGGUGGAGAGGUGCCCUAUCGUGGCGGCGGCAGUUUGCUCCCAGCGCCCCUUCGCCGACAUCGACGCUUUCGAGGCGACCAUCUGCGACUUCAUCGACGCCCUGUCCGAAGCGGGCAAAGAGGGGAUCCUCAGGUGCCACCCGGACCUCAUGGGCACCUUGACCCAAGAGUCCGUGAACGAGCAGGCCAACGCGGGCUUCGGAACGCUGAGCUCGGAAGAGCAAGCCUCCUUAUCCUCCUGGAACGAAGAGUACAAGGAGCGCUUCGGCUUCCCGUUCAUCGUGUGCACCGGCGCGAGCGACAAGGCCGGCGUUUUGCAGGAGAUGCGCGUCCGCAUGGCGAACGGGUGCACGGAGGAGAGAGCGUGCGCUAUCGAGGAGGUCAAGAAGAUAUGUCGUCUGCGUCUUCGGGACCUCGUGCACCCUGACAGUAAAUUUGAAUUUUAACUUGCAUGCUAAA